CACGAUUGCGUAUCUUUUAACCUGGGGAUAAGUGAGACUGGUGAUCUUUAUAUUUGCGAGUUAAACAAUUCUACGGAUCAAGCAUUUUUACAAAGAAGGGAAAAGUACACAUAUCAUGAUACCCAGGUUAGUGUUAAAAACUUUCAGCUGUCGCAUAUGUAGUACAUUGAUUUUUCUUCCUAUUUCUCACCCGAUGCAGUAACUUACCAGAAACAAAAAUUUUCAAACUCAGAGCAAAAGACGUUUGAAAAAAUUCGAAUAUUUUGUUCUAAUCCCUCAACUUCAUCAGAGAUGUUACAGAAAAGUUGUUAUGAAUGAAUCCCCAAGAGAUGAUGUAAAUGGACGAUAGGUCCAGUCUCCCUCGUCCCUAAUAAGAGAGGGUUUUCUUUGUUUGAUGGUUUUAUGGCAAUGGCCUCUUAGCACGGCGCUUGAUGCAAUUGAUUGGGUGAUUUUUGUCAUUUUAAACUUCAGUAUUGUAUGGGUUGAUGCAGAAACUCUUAUGAGUUUCUGGUUGAUGUUAUGACCCCGUUGCCCGUCAGCGCUCGACAAUUGAUUAGUUUUUCUUUGCCCCGAGUACGAAGGGAUCUGGUGAUCUCACCAAUGUAUUUGUCAGGGCAUUGUUCGCUUUUAUUAACUACUUCAACUCCUUUUUAUUAUUUGUGCCUACUUUUAUUAUUGCUCUCUUACGUUAUUCACCAUAUAAGCUCGAAAAGAACGCACAAAGGUUUUCACAGUGUUCUAUAGUUAAAUUGUUUAUUGCACUGUUCUGCUUAUCGAAGGAGGAUGAAGCGAACGACGAAACUACAUACGCACCCAGGGGGGGGGUACUCGCGAUUUCAAGUGACGGGGAUGAUCGAAUGGAGCCAAAAGUCAAGACCCAAAAAAAUCCCUAGCGCUUCCAGCAAAACCCAAAAAAAUCCCUGGACCAAAAAUUAACCCCCAAAAAAUCCCAUGCCAAUUUUGUGGUCCUUAAAAGUUCCAGAAAGAGGUAAUGCUAUAACUACGCAGCCGGGGCACUACAUAUUCUUUUUAAUACCCCCAAAAAAUCCCUACUCAAAUCCAGCCACCCAAAAAAAUACUUGCCAAAUUUUCGUACCCAAAAAAAUCCCGGAAUCGAAAAUUUCAAACCCAAAAAUAUCCUUCGAUCAUCCCCGUCAAUUGAAAUCCUGGGUACCCCCCCUGGGCAUACGCAGUAUUACAACAUCGAUAUUUUCUGCAAAUCUAUGUAUUUUUCCUCUCAUUAUCCUUUUUUACAUGGAAGAUUGGGCUUUUUGUCAGGGCCCCAAGCUAGAACGGGCCUUAUUCAAAUUCAAGACGCUUAUUAAUUGCCGUUUUGUUAUUUGUUCAGGAUACCACGUGAUCUGUAGUAAAGAUGCUUCUCAUUUGCCAUCGCCCCUUCCUUUAACACUAACAGAAAAGAAUAAUAGGGUUUAAAUGCCCCAGUGCAGUUGGUCUGACAAAAUAUUUCAGUUUAAUCUCAGAUUCUCGUGCCAAAAAUUUGUCCCGUCAGAGCUCCCAGAUAAGUGAUGUCUUGUAGAGCUCUUCAUCCAAGCCAUUUGGGGGAGUCGCGAGAAAUCACGCGAGAGAAGCCCGCGGAACGAGACGCGAGUACGUUCUCUCGCGGCUCGCUUCUCUCCCAUAAAUGGAGGGUUUGCUAGCAGGGUAGAUGGGACCAUGUCAGGAUCCUCCCUGUCCUUGUUCAGUGCACUGACCUUGUAUUCAAUACUUUGCUUGACUUUAGAACAGCUGUAGCUCACGCCCCUGUUUAAAUAAUAGCAAGUGUCAGCAUGGAUUCACUGGCAAAACAUUUCGAUGUUUAUGUCCAGCUGGUUUUGAGGGAGAGCUUUGCGAAAAAGGUUAGCAUAAAUUUGUUUUAUUAUUUCAAAGAUUUCUAGGAAAAAACCCUGCAAAAUCAUAACAAGAAAAUGUACUAACUGACAUAGAUACAAGGGUCUCUCCGUUUUGGGGAUAUUAGUAUACCACCCAACCAGUAUCUGAAGUGUUAUGUGUUACGACGUGGGUUUCCUAUCAUCAUAACGUCUUAUAAUUCGUAUGGGUAAUAGCUUGAGUGCGAAUUCGAAAAGCGUUUGUAUUACAGUAAAACUACUGUUUUUUUGGAAGAUGGACAUACUUGACUACAACGUAUUUUCCAUCAGCAUUUCCAAAAAAAUAAUAAUAAUAUUUCCGUACCCGUUUAUAUACCAUUUUUGACGGAAUAGGUACCGUUAAAUAAUAAUACCCCUUUAACAUAGUUCCUUAAUAAGAAUAAAUCGCUUAAAAAGGAAGUCUUGUUGUCAUUUUCGUUAUAUGUUUUUAAAAUACUGAAUCGUCCUUCAAGCUCUACGCUUCCUGGUUAUCUCAUUUCAUAAUUGAGCGCGGAAGAUAAAUCUUUAUCAACGGGACCUGUUCAUUUACACAAACGAGGACAAACCACAUCAUGUUGGAAACAAUUUAAUUUGACGUUUUGCUCAAAUGAACUGAAGAUACAAAAACAAUAGAAGGUAUACAGCAGCGAACCAUUCGGCUUUCAAACAGGCGUUUGCAUUGGCUUUUCACUAUUUUACUAACUGAUGUACCUAAAAGGUAAAAGGGUGCUGCUGCUGUUAGUUCAGACAAUUAUAUUGAACACCUUGCAUCAAAUGUAACAUAAACAGAGUUACAAUUAGCCUCCCUGCAGACGUCCUUUGGUGUUCGUUUGUCACGCAUUCAUUUCUCCCCCACGGGUGACAAACGAACCCCAAAGGACGUCUGCGGGGAGGCUAAGCAACAAUAUGAUAUGAGAAGUUUAAAAAAUGAAAUGAAAAGCAAACGCCCUAGUCUGAACUACUAAAUAGAAAAGGUUUAUCGUCACUUGUGAAUCAACACCUCGCAAAAAUAGUCUGUAUAGUCUUCAAUGUCAUUAACAACACAUGCACCAAAGAGCAUUAAAGAUCUGAUCGAACCCAGAAACAAUAAAUACGAUCUUAAGUCAAAUGACAUUUUAAAGGGGACAAUGGCCAACACUUCACGUGACUUGACUUAGGUUCCUCUUGGAUAUAUGUUUUCAUAACGGUACAUGUUAUAUCUACGCCUUCUUUUUAGAUAUAGACGAGUGCACCGCUGGAACCCAUAACUGUUCAGAAAAUGCCUGGUGCAGCAACACCGCAGGUUUAUUCAAUUGCACUUGUUGUGGCGGCUUUGUUGGAGAUGGAAUGAACUGCACAGGUAGUAAGGAGAAGAUUUACUUGAAUUUUAACGCUCUCCCUGACCUUAACUGACACCUUAAUAUUAAUCUUUGGACUGUGGGUAUUUUCCAGAAAUAUACCGGGCUGAAUACUCCAAGGACUGCGGUAUGAGAUAUUUUGUACAAACGUUUUCCUGAUUCAAGGAAUUCGUGAAUUGUCUCAGCAGUUGGGAAUUUCGAGUAUUGGUUUUAGUAAAGCUACACGCAUACGGAUAGAACAACUCCCAGCUUUGUUUGGAGUUGUUGCGUUCGUGUUGGCAGUGGUAUGCAAACGGAUGCAACAAUUCCCAACAAUGUUGGGAGCUACAGUGCAUCGUGGGAGGGAUAAAAGCCAUAAGACUUUAGAGAGCAUGUGUAAUGCACGUACGUGGCACCAACAAUGUUGGGAGAGCUGUGCAAACGGAUCCAACAUUAUUGCGCGAUCACGGAACACAAGAAAUGUCGGGAGUUGUUGGCUCAAAAAGUUUGACAAGGUUCAAAUUUUGCGUAACAACUCCCAAUAACAAACAACAACAUGCAACAGGCCGGUUUGCAAACGGACGGAACAACAAUGUUGGGCGUUGUUGGCUAACAAUGUUACGUCGGUUUGCACGGGGCCUUUAAGUAAAAUACCGGGUACUUGGUUAACGUACUAGGUUACACGUUCUAAAACAUACUUGUACAAAUAGAGACUUUCGAUGAUGAUCAACUAGUCUACGAAUCAUGAGCCGUCUUCUCAAACACGACUGGGCAGGUUACGCUACCUGAAAACGUUUGGAAGGCAAAAUUUGACCCCAGCUGAGAGGGUUAACCGGUCUGGCAGACCACCUGUCGUGUAAACCUGAUCAUAUUAAAAUGAGAGACGGAUUUUAUCGACCGGCAGGUAUUAAUCCACCUAAGCGGGUUAUCUUACCUACCCAGGGUCCCCCUCGUCCAUGUAAACAGGCCCUAACCCGAACCUCAAGCUGUAAUCGUUUUACUUAUUUUCAGCAUACUGCGGUAUUCUGUUUGAUUUCGAAAACAGAUUGUCAUGCUGGACAUUGACUGGCAAUGCAUUCAACAAUCAGCCAACAUACGGCGAUAAUUCAUUAGAGAGAGGCAGAGGACCUGCCAACCACAAAGGGAAUUGGUGGAUUGGCGGCUUCGAGAAUCGGCCCAGUCCCUCUGAUCAGGCUGGUGCAAUCAAAAGCGAUGUUCCCCAAGGCACGAUGACGUCUCACUGUUUUUGGAUUAAUGGAAAUUCUCUUCGGUUCCUUAUUGGAGGAAUUUGUUUCGUAAACGAGAUUCGUGCUGAGCUUAUUGUUGACGGAAAUGUGGUUUUUCGGGAAACUGGGGAUUGUAGUGAAUCGAUGACAGAGAAAAGCUGGAAUGUAUCUGGUUUUGUUGGUAGAAUGGCUCAGUUGCGUUUGGUUGACCAUUCCUCAGGCCACUGGGGUCACAUUAAUUUUGAUCAUUUAAUUUGCCAGUGA